UCCUUUUUGUUUCCACUGUCCACAUCCUGCACUAAAGUUCACAGUCACACCUCACUGUCCACUCUACCCAUGCUCCUUCCUUUUCUCUCUUUACCCAUUCCCACUCAUCCUUUUCCUUAUCCCAUCCCUUUCUCCAACCUCCAUUUAUCUCUGUGUGUGUGUACUUGUGUGUGAGAAACAGAGAUGAUGAAGUUGGUGAUGUUCUUAUGGAGCUUGUUAAUGGUGGUAGUGAGUGUGAGAGUGAGUGGGUAUCCAGUGGAGGACUUAGUGAACAAGUUGCCAGGACAACCAGAGGUUGAAUUCAAGCAGUAUGCUGGUUAUGUUGAUGUGGAUGUCAAGGCUGGUAGAAGUCUCUUCUAUUACUUUGUUGAAGCUGUUGUUGAUCCUCACCUCAAGCCUCUCACUCUCUGGCUCAAUGGAGGCCCGGGUUGUUCGUCGGUAGGAGGUGGAGCAUUCACUGAACUGGGUCCAUUUUAUCCUCGAGCAGACGGUCGUGGUCUUCGGAUAAACAAAUUUUCAUGGAAUAGAGUUUCAAAUCUCCUUUUUGUUGAAUCUCCUGCUGGAGUUGGAUGGUCUUACUCUAAUCGAACUUCUGAUUACACUACCGGCGAUGAAAGAACUGCUAAUGACAUGCGCGUAUUUCUGAUGCGGUGGUACGAAAAGUUUCCCGAGUUCAAAUUACAUGAUUUGUUUCUCACUGGAGAAAGCUACGCAGGACAUUACAUACCCCAAUUAGCUACUGCCUUGUUGAAGCAUAAUAAAUACUCAACUGAUUUCAAGUUCAAAAUCAAAGGAGUUGCAAUUGGAAAUCCACUCCUCAAGCUUGAUAGGGAUGCUCCUGCAACUUAUGAAUUUUUCUGGUCACAUGGAAUGAUUUCUGAUGAGCUAGGUCUCACAAUCAUGAACCAAUGCGAUUUCGAGGAUUAUGCAUUCAGUAGUCCUCACAAUGUGAGUAAAUCAUGCAAUGGCGCGAUCGCUGAGGCAAAUCGAGUUGUCGGGGAUUAUAUCAACAGUUAUGAUGUUAUACUUGAUGUUUGUUAUCCAUCAAUUGUUGAACAAGAGCUGAGACUGCGAAAACUAGCUACAAAAAUGAGCAUUGGUGUCGACGUUUGCAUGACAUACGAGCGAAGAUUUUACUUUAAUCUCCACGAAGUUCAGCAGGCUCUUCAUGCCAACAGGACAAACUUGCCUUACAGAUGGAGCAUGUGCAGUGAUGUUUUGGAUUACAACAACACAGAUGGAAAUAUCAACAUCCUUCCAUUGCUCAAAACCAUAAUCAGCCACAAAAUACCAGUAUGGAUCUUCAGUGGUGAUCAAGACUCAGUUGUUCCAUUGUUAGGAUCUCGAACACUUGUCCGAGAACUAGCACAUGAGAUGAAACACAGCAUUACAGUUCCAUAUCGCGCAUGGUUCUAUAAAGACCAGGUGGGAGGAUGGAUGACAGAGUAUGGGAACCUGCUGACAUUUGCUACAGUGAGAGGUGCUGCUCAUAUGGUUCCUUAUGCACAACCAGGAAGAGCUCUGCAACUCUUCGAGUCAUUUGUGAAAGGACAGAGACUUCCAAACAUAACACAAACUUCCUUUUGAUCUUUUGUUUUUGUACUGUUUCAAAUCACAUUUUUGUGAACUUUUGAAGAAGAACAAAUAAUAACAGAAGAAUAAG